AUGGUGAAGUCGACGCUCAUCUAUCGUUAUGAUGCGCUCCCACUUUGCGGCUCCGUCGAUGACAAUCUUGAUCCAAACCUAAAUGAACAGAAAAAGAAAUGCAAAAUUAUCAUUAGUAGGAUCACGCCCAACUCAGAACCCCAAGCUACCAUAGAAAGUGGUAAUUAUAACAUUCACUAUCUUAUUCAGAACAACAUUGUCUACAUCACCGUGUGUGAUAGAUCAUACCCAAGAAAACUAGCAUUUCUGUACUUACAUGAGAUAAGCAACGAGUUCGAGCAUUCACAUGGCCGGGAGGCAUUGAGUACCGCGGCAAGGCCGUUUGGCUUCAGCUCUUUUGACAAUUUUUUGAGUAAGACGAAAAAAAUCUACCAGGACCAAAGAGCCCAGUCCAACCUUGAUCAACUCAAUAAUGAUUUGGCAGAUGUAAAGAAAGUCAUGACAAAGAACAUCGAAGAUUUGCUAUACAGAGGCGAUUCUUUGGAUAAGAUGAGUGACUUGUCGCUGUCGUUGAAGAACGACUCCAUCAAAUACAGAAAGAAAGCACAAAAGAUCAAUUUUGAUGCUAUGAUCAGACAAUACGUACCAGUUGCUGGCGGCGCCCUCAUAUUUGUGUUCUUGUUUUGGUACAUAUUUCUUCGUCGCUGA